AUGUGCUCCGUCGCUCCCUUCGUCCUUCCUGGCCUGGCCUGCGGCGCCGCGCCCGUCCUCGGCGUUCAGCCGACGACGUACGCGGGGGGCGUUCCUGCCGCCGCGUGGUGCGGGUAUGGCUACGACGCCGACAUCAGCGCGUUGCUCCGGGGCGCCGUCAUGCUCCACGGCAUCCAUAGCAUCCACGUUCCGGGCCGUGGCCUGAUGGCUUCCUUCCCCAUGGACGCUCACGACGACGCCGCGCCGACGACGCCCGUGGCGAUGCUUCGAGCACCGCGCAGCUACGGCGACGAUGCAGCUGAGGACGACGCGGCGGUGACCAUCAAGACGCCGCCGCCCGAGAUGCGGCCGCAGCAGGAGCAGUGCGGCAGCGAGUACGAUGCCAGCAUCGACGCCACGUUCCGGGUCAUGGAGAAAGACCCCGCGGAGCGGCCCUCGCCGGACUACCUCAGCGACACGCAGGCGGGGGACAUGAUGAUGAUCGAUCGCGCCACCCUCAUCGAGAAGAUGCACCACUUCACCAGGUACUACGACCUCGCCCCGGGCACGCUGCACCGCGCAGUCUCCUACGUCGACCGGUUCCUCUCGGCCAGGAAGAUGAACGGCGGCGAGCGCCAGCUCCUCCUCCUGGGCGCCGCGGCCGUCUUCGCCGCGGCCAAGUACGAGGACAGGAAGACCACGCAGAGGAUCAACGCCGACACCGUCGCCGCAUAUGUCCGGUGCACCCGGAGCGAGGCCCUCGACGCGGAGCGCGAGCUGGUGGCGGCGCUCGGGUACCGCCUGAGCGGGCCCACGGCCUACACGUUCGUCGACCACUUCUUGAGGCACGCGCAGGACCAGGAGGAGGAGGGCUCGGCGGCGGCGUUGGUCAGGGCCCUGGCGCACCACCUGGCCGACAUGGGGCUGCUGGACUACCGGUGCGUGGCGUUGCGGCCCUCCGCCGUGGCGGCGUCGGCGAUCGUGCUGGCGAGGCUGGUCCUGGGCUACUACUCGACGGCGCCGGUGGCCGGGUACGCGAUCGAGGAGCUGAGCGAGUGCAUGGAGGCGAUCUACGACAUGCACGAGAACCUGGAGGCGUGGCCAGGAUGCGGCCCGAUGAUGGAGGACUGGGAGCUCACUACUCGCCUCAGAUACUCCUUGCCUCACUACAGUGUGCUGACCCGUAGAAAGUAG